AUGAGCUCUUACUUUGUAAACUCGUUCUCAGGGCGCUAUCCAAAUGGCUCCGACUAUCAGUUACUAAAUUAUGGGACUAACGGCGCUGUGAGCGGCUCCUUCAGAGACCCUGGCACCAUGCACUCCGGGUCUUUCGGCUACAACUACAAUGGCAUGGACCUAACCGUGAACCGCACCAACGCGGGCAACCACUUCGGAGCCGUGCGAGAUGACGCCCGUGGAUUCGCUCAGGAUGCCCGCUACAGACAGACGCCCAACUGCUCGCUCUCGUCCCCGGACCCGGUGCAGCCUCAGCCGCCUCCAUCCUGCGCCAACAGGGAACAACUGGAACUAAAAAGCCCCUCUCCACCGUCUGACCGGAGCGCGACCUCGGGCUCCAACAACAAAAACGCGCACUUCACAGAGAUAGACGAGGGCGGCGCGGGGGUCUCAGAGAGUGAAGAGGGCGCACACAGCAGCGGAGGCUCAAGCUCUGCUCCUCGGGCACAGCAGCAGCAGGAGCCCAGUGCCACUUCGUCCGCUCCCACAGAUUGCCAAACGCCGCAAAUAUUCCCUUGGAUGCGGAAACUGCACAUAAGCCACGAUAUGACUGGACCAGAUGGAAAAAGGGCCCGAACCGCGUACACCCGCUACCAGACUCUAGAGCUGGAGAAAGAGUUUCACUUCAAUAGAUACCUAACCAGACGGCGGAGGAUAGAGAUAGCCCACGCCUUGUGUCUUUCCGAAAGACAGAUCAAAAUCUGGUUUCAAAACCGUCGGAUGAAGUGGAAGAAGGACAAUAAACUCAAAAGCAUGAGUCUGGUGACAGGAGGCAGCGCCUUCCACAACUGA